AUGGCAGACCACAAGAAGGAAGAGAUCUUUGAGUAUGAGCGGAAACAGUCUGAACGCUCUGUUCCUGAUUCGAAUGAUGAUAUCCUCAAUCUUUUCACUGAAGAGGAGAAGAAGAAGCUCAUGUGGCGCAUCGAUGUGCGACUAUGCUUGACUCUGGGCUUGAUGUAUUGUGUCUCGCUGAUGGAUCGCACCAACUUGGGCAUUGCUGUGGUAGGAGGCAUGGGCGUUGAUCUCAAGCUCAUCAAAUUUCGCUACUCCACGAUCGUACUGGUGUUCUUCAUCACCUACGUCUUGCUACAACCCCCAGCCACUGUCGUCCUCCGCAAAGUCGGGCCAAAGCUGUUCCUCCCCCUCAUCACCCUGCUCUGGGGACUCACUAUGAUGACAUUCGGCUUCGUGAUACACUGGUGGCAGAUGAUUCCCCUCCGCAUCAUUCUUGGAGCUUUUGAGGCUGGCUUCUUUCCUGGAUGCGCCUAUUUAUUGUCCUGCUGGUACCCACGCUACGAAGUCCACAAGCGCAAUGCCGUGUUCUUCCUUAUCGGCAACUUGUCUGCUGCCUUUUCUGGUAUUUUAGGCUACGGUCUCCUACAAAUGGAUGGCCUCGGCGAUCUUGGAGAUAAAUACGGUCAGCACUAUGGACCGACCAAAAAGAACCCCCACCUACCAUUCGGCAUAAAACCUGGUAUCGCGGGCUGGCGUUGGAUCUUCAUUAUCCAAGGGCUGAUUACUGUUCUCGUGGCGGCUGGGGGUGCAUUCUUUAUAAGUGACUUCCCGGAGAACGCGGCUAAGAGGUCUCGAUUUAUUGUACGACCCUUCUUGACUGAGAAAGAGGCCGCUUACAUCGUUGCUCGGAUUGAGAAGGACCGUGAUGAUGCGAUUACUACGCCAUUCAAGCUUUCGAGUUAUCUUCGCCAUGGUCUUGAUAUCAAGGUCUGGGGAUUUGCGGUCCAGUUCAUGCUGACUGCGACGGUUGGUUAUGCCAUCGCUUACUUCCUGCCCAUCAUCCUUCACGAUUCCAUGGGAUUUGAUCUCGCGAUGUCGGAAUGCCUUAUAUCACCGCCGUACGUGCUUGCCGCCAUCUGGAUGUUUGGAUGUGCCGUCGUCGGAGACAAGUACCACAUUCGUGGCCCUCUCAUUAUCAUGAACGCCAUCAUCGGUCUCAUCGGCCUUCCCCUGCUCGGUUUCGCCAAAACUCCCGCCGUCCGCUACUUCGGCGUCUUCCUCGCCACCACCGGCCCACAAGCCAACAUUCCCUGCAUGAUGAGCUUCCAAGCCAACAAUAUCCGCGGUCAAUGGAAGCGGGCUUUCUCUUCUGCGACAAUGGUCGGUGCCGGCGGAGUUGGUGGUAUCAUCGGAUCAACCGUGUUCCGGUCCCAGGAUGCCCCGAAUUACAGACCGGGUAUGUGGACGACAAUUGGCUGUGGCAUACUCACAAUAAUUAUCACGGCGUGGUUGGAUUGGAGAUUUUGGAAGGCGAAUAAGAGGGCUGAUAGGGGAGAGGAAAUUAUUGAGGGCUUGGAGGGGUUCAGGUAUACGCUGUGA